AAACUUAAUCACCCCGAUUCUUAAUGACAAUUCCCUGGGAAUUUUUUCCCUAUUCCCUGUUCCCCUAUUCUAAAUAAAAUCUCCCGGGGAAUUUUUUCCCUUUUCCCUUCUCCCUUAUUCUAAAUGAACUUCGAAAAUGGGAAACUCUUCCCCGGGAAAAAUGUAGGUAUUAUGAAUGUCAAUAAAAGGGCGAAUGUGAUAACGAAUUUUGGGAAUAAUUCCGCCAAAAAAUUGCAAGCGAGUUGUGCCAAAAAAUGUCAAAAACAACAAACAAAAAGCAGUUAGACAUUCUGCUUACCUCUAUGCAAUUACAUAGCGAUAUUGCGCGAGGUUGGUUUAAGGGAGGAAAAGAGGAGCUAAACCGGGUAUGGCGCAAUUUGGAGGCGGAAUUAAAUGCUGCCGGGCCACCAUCAAAAAGUGUUGCCGAGUGGAAGAAGGUAUGGGCCGAUCAAAAAAAGUAUGUACGGCAGAAGGCGGCACAAAACCUCAAAUACUCCAGAGGAACUGGUGGAGGCCCCAACAUGGAGCAGAAGUUUUCUGCAAACGAAGAGGCCAUAUACGAUUUGGUUGGCAUGAAGGAGUCAGUGGAAGGUGUGGCCAUCAAGUAUGGGUUAGGAUCUUCCACUUCUACAAUACAGAACCCAGAACGCCUUCCAAAUGAAAUUCUGGAGUUGCUAGAGCCAGACGGAGAGGAGGCUGAAUGUCCUGCGGUGCACAGCAAUGAAGACACUCCGCAAAAGCCGCCGGCGAAAAAAAUUAAAAUAAGUGGCCAGCAUUUCAAUACACAGGCAUCCGCUCGCGACGUUCUAUCAGAAGAGAUAGACAUUCAGAAACGUAUGUUGGAUGCAAUGAUUGAGCAGCAACAAAUUUCAAAAAAGGUGUAUCGUUCUAUUGACCGCCUUUAUGAAGUCAAAAAGGAAGAACUAAAAGAGCAGAAAAGGCACAAUUUAAUUAUGGAAAAAUUGCGGCUAAGAGAAGUGGAGGAUAAAAUUGAAAAGAACCGCCGACUCUUAGAACUGGAAGAACUGAAAAAUAAUCUAGAAAGUACCUGAAUAUAUAUAUAUACACAUACACACAGACUGAAAACGUGCAUAUGAACGUACCUGUAAAUAGUAUUAGUUUUGUUUUUAGUUUUAGAAUAUGAAUUUAUGUGUUUUCUUUUUGUUUGUUUUUGAACAUGAAUUUUAUUGAGUUUUUUUUUGGUUGUUUUUGAAUUGUUUUUUAGUUUGUUUAAAAUAAAAUGUGAUGCUAUUCCUAUGUGAUAACUAA